UUGCCGGCCCAUAUCCGAACUCUGCAGGCUACGCUCCCUCCGGAGUCCGCCGGUCUGCCCAAGCCCGCCGCAGGUAACUCGCCGCCGGCUCCAUUACACGCGGACGCGGGCAAAGCUCAAUAGCCGAGCGCCCUUGCCGCCCGGCCGGGGUGAUCUCCGCCGCCGCCGUACCCUAGAGCUGCCGGCGUUACCGCGGACAGUCGUCUUCUCCGCCGCUCAUGCUCGUCCCCGUUGCCGUGUACCUUGCAAGCUACGACCGUGAAACACUGCAGGUUUUUGAGUGUUCGGACCCGGGAAUAUGCUGCAGACUAAGAGAGCUGCCGAUGAUGAUCUCACAGAAAGCUCGAAAAAGAAUGGAAGAGUCUAUACUGGUGGAGGAGAGACACUUGAUGUGUUGAUUUCAGGGGAUUUGCAUCCAGAUGUCAAUUCGGAAGAGCCGAUUGACAGCUUUAGUGACUCUGGCCAAAGUGUUUGGAGUGAGCUCAGUAAAGAAGCCACUUCAAAAAUUUCUAGAAAUGUUGUCUCCCUCGCUUUGUCUGAUGGACAUACGGUGUUGUUUGCAUGCUCAGGCAUAGCCUUGCGAAGCGGGCGGUAUGUGACAAGCUUUCUGACUUCAGCAAGUUUGGUUAGAGCUUUCAAUGAUAAUAACAGAGAAGGCCAUGAUACCUUGAAUAUCGAAGUGCGUCGCAACGGUGAGGUUGCCAAAGGGAUCUUGAAAAGCUAUGAUUCGGAUCAGGGGAUUGUUGUUGUCCAAGUACUGUUUGUCACUCUUGGUGUUCAUCCAGUGGAUCUCAGUCCUCAGGUGGAAUUUCUUCCCUGUAGGAAGGUAGUAGCUGUCACACGUGCCGAUUCUGGCACAUUAAUGGUCGCAAGUGGGAUACUUGCUGUUGAGUCAAGCGGAUCUGAAGAUGGCAAACAGCUUAUGUUCUCCACUUGUAAAAUCUCUGAGGCUUGGGAAGGUGGGUCGCUUUUUGACUAUGAUGGGAACUUUGUUGGCUUGAACCUUUCUUUGGUUGGGGAAAGAAUUUAUUUCAUGCCAAGGAGUAUAAUUAUCGAACGUUUGGAGGAACUUCUGCCAAAAAAGGAAGCUAAGACGUUCAGGAAUGUAGAAAUACAGAGAGAGGUACAGCCCUGGCCCUAUUGCACCUAUCCAAGCGACAGAUCUGGGGAUCUAGACUCCUUGGGUUAUCCAAAGCCAUCAUCGACUGUUGUCAGUGAGGGCUUGGUUUUGGUUAAUACCUUCGAAGAGACUUUUGGUGAAGUAUAUGAUUCUGGUAAAGGUGUAAUGGGUUCUCAUAGUUUACCUCGACGAGUUGUCUCACUUGCUUCAUUCAGCGGAGAAAGGAGGUUUUUCGUGUGCACAGGCUUAUUUAUUGACUGGAACGGAUGCACCCCCAUUCUGACUUCAGCGAGUUUGGUUAGGGAUCCUAAAGAUGAAAACAAGAUUGCUGAAAAGUUGAAGAUUGAAGUUUUGCUUCCAAACAAAGAGCGCAAAGAAGGGAAAUUGCAACAUUAUAAUUUAUACUAUAAUGUUGCUCUCAUCGUUGUCGAGGAUUACCGUUGUCUUCGUCCAGCUAGAAUUCAUGAAGAUUGGUGGAAUCCUUUUACUCUGGAAGAUCCCAAUGUAGUAGCUGUGGGGCGCUGCUUCAAAUCUGGCAGGUUAAUGGCUACACAUGGAAGACGAACUGGCUGGUCAGGCAUGCUUGAUUACAGAGAUCUUAGGUACUCCAGUUGUAAGAUUACUAAGGCUGGGAUUGGUGGUCCUCUGCUUGACUUUAAUGGGAGAUUUAUUGGCAUGAACUUCUAUGAUAAGAAAAUAGGAACCCCAUUCAUAUUUAGGGACUGUAUUAUUCGAGUGCUGGCAAAUUUUGUGGAAAAAAGGACUUUUGAUGAAGUUGGCAGUGAUGGACCAAUCAGGUGGCCUGUGCCCAUACCGUGCUGGCGCCAUCCGGACGAUGAGCUCAAAGAUUCGCUCCCACCUGGCCAUGGGGAAAAAUCUGGGACGUUCGGAUUCUCAUAUGUGGAUGGAGUUAGAGUCGAUAACCAUUAGAUGUCCUGUGCUCUUGCUCUGCUCUGUGCUGUCCAUGUGGUGGUGAACCUGUUUGUAUGAGCCGUUAGGAAGUUAUCUCUCAUGUAGCCAUGUCCCAAUGUUUGGACUAGUAUUUUGGUGUUCCUUUUAUCAGAAUGAAUGUAAUUCAUCAAGAGCUAUUUGGUGUUCGCCAGUUUCUGCCGUAGCUGAACAUUUUCUGCAUCUUUGGGAAGCAUUUCUACGUGCAAGCAAA